AUGUCUGGUUCAUCCAGCGUCGCGGCUAUGAAAAAAGUGGUUCAACAGCUCCGGCUGGAGGCCGGGCUCAAUCGGGUGAAGGUUUCCCAGGCAGCUGCAGAUUUGAAACAGUUCUGUCUGCAGAAUGCUCAACAUGACCCUCUGCUGACUGGAGUAUCUUCAAGUACAAAUCCCUUCAGACCCCAGAAAGUCUGUUCCUUUUUAUAG